AAACACACUUUGCCAAAGUCAUAGAGUAAAGAAAAGACUGGAUCUUCCCCUCAAUCCAAAUUAAUCUCAACGCACUCAAAACAGAGAGAGCAUUGAAGAAGAAAGAAGAAUAACUAGCUAGUAUUAGACUUGUUCCAACCGUCCAUCCCUUCAACCAAAAAGCUCCCAAAAGUCAAAAUCUUCACCUUUUUCAAAGUUAUAUGCACUCCACUCCAUAAUCGAUUAAACAAUUACACACACAGAAUCGAAAAUUGGUACAAAAAUGAUCUGAUUACAUGUGUUAGUUUGAGAAUUUUGGAUUGGUAUUUUCUAAGAAUGAUCAACAAUAGUAAUAGUAAUAGUAAUAGCAUGAUGUCGCCGGCAUCGGCAUCGGCAAACAACGCCGCACAAUCUCCUGGGUUGAAGACUUAUUUCAAAACCCCAGAAGGAAAAUAUAAGCUUCACCAUGAAAAGACUUAUCCUGCUGGUCUUCUUCAUUUUUCCCAUGGCAAAACUGUUACUCAGGUUUCUCUAGCUCCUCUCAAAGAUAAGCCCAUUCAGGCACAGCCUCACUCGACAUCAAGUUUUGGAGUCACCAGUGGUGUUAAGUCAGCAGCAGCAAGAUUGUUAGGUGGUGGAAAUGGUAGUAAGUCACUUAGUUUUGUCGGAGGAAAUGGUGGAAGUAAGUCUGUCAGUGGUAUGAGUGGUAGAGCUGGAUCAUUUGGGGUGACAAGUUCAAAUAACUCCGGCAGUAUUCCCAAUUUCGAUGGCAAAGGGACUUAUUUGAUAUUCAAUGUUGGUGACACGAUUUUUAUUAGUGAUUUGAAUUCUCGAGAUAAGGAUCCUAUAAAGUCAAUACACUUUAGUAAUUCAAAUCCUGUUUGCCAUGCAUUUGAUCCGGAUGCAAAGGAAGGGCAUGAUUUGCUCAUUGGGUUGAGUUCUGGAGAUGUUUAUUCAGUAUCUCUACGUCAACAAAUGCAAGAUGUUGGGAAGAAGCUUGUUGGGGCACAACAUUACAACAAGGAUGGUUCUGUUAACAACACUCGAUGUACUAGUAUCACUUGGGUGCCUAACAGUGAUGGGGCUUUUGUUGUUGCUCAUGCGGAUGGAAAUUUUUACGUCUAUGAUAAGAGCAAAGACGGAUCUGCUGAUCCCUCAUUUCCUGUCAUCAAAGAUCAAACUCAUUUUUCAGUCGCCCAUGCACGUUAUAGUAAGAAUCCUGUAGCUAGAUGGCAUAUUUGCCAAGGGUCCAUCAAUAGCAUUGCUUUCUCAACUGAUGGGGCAUAUAUUGCAACUGUAGGGAGGGAUGGUUAUCUGCGUAUAUUUGACUACAAAAAUGAACAGCUUAUAUGUGGUGGAAAAAGCUAUUAUGGUGCUCUGUUAUGUUGUGCUUGGAGCAUGGAUGGAAAGUACAUUUUAGCUGGUGGAGAAGAUGACCUAGUUCAGGUUUGGAGCAUGGAAGAACGUAAAGUUGUUGCCUGGGGCGAGGGGCAUAACUCCUGGGUCAGUGGUGUGGCAUUUGAUUCAUAUUGGUCAGCACCAAAUUCAGAUGGCACAGAUGAAAAUGUGGUCUACCGUUUUGGUUCUGUUGGUCAGGACACACAAUUGCUCUUAUGGGAUCUGGAAAUGGAUGAAAUUGUAGUACCAAUGCGCCGUCCUCAUGGUGGAUCACCAACUUACAGCACGGGGAGUCAGUCAUCUCAUUGGGAUAGGGCUUGCCCUGUUGGAACACUGCAACCUGCUCCAAGCAUGCGAGAUGUUCCAAAGCUAUCGCCCCUGGUCACUCAUCGUGUUCACACUGAACCACUCUCUGGCGUGAUGUUUACUCAUGCAUCAGUUCUUACUAUCUGCCGUGAGGGGCAUAUAAAGGUUUGGGUGAGACCAGAGUUUGGUGAAACCCAAACUAGCAAUUCAGAGUCUUUACUAAGUACUAGUUUGAAGGAGAAGCCACCAAUAUCAGGAAAGGUUGUCAGUUCCAAGUUACAAGCAAUGACCUAACCGUAAUCACAUUGUGUGUGUUUGGGGAGGAGGUUGCAGAACGGCGGAUGCACUAAAUGGAGCUCCUUCUACAAAUGUUAGCAACCAUUUAUUUGUCUUCAGAUUUGCUUGCACUGAGAUUGACCAACUAAUUGUAUAGCGAACAAUGAAGAUGCUGCCGGGAACAUCAGGAGGUUAGAAGAGUGUCGAAGCAGCUUGUAAGUAUGAUAGGCAAAAAUAAUUUGAGGUUGGUCUCUUGAGAUAUGUAAUUCCUAUUUCCCAACCUCAUCCCUCCCUUUGACUAUUUCUCCCCUUUCUUUUCAGCCAAUUUUGCUAAGAAACUGUUGGUUGACAAUGACUUAUAUCGGAUUAACUCAUCGUACGAAACAUUACGCGGGCGGGUGACCUAUUUAUUUAGAGCUCUUUGUCAUCGAAUUUUUCUUUUGCCUGUUGGUUAGGUGAGGCAACUAUGAUCAAAAUGUACCGUACUUUCUGAUGAUAGUUUAGAUUUCCUUUUUCCUCGACACACAACUUCUGUGCAGAGUUGGCUUUUAGAAAGUUCGGCGUUGUCGUUAUGGUGGUGUUCAUUAUCACUUGGAUUGUGGAAAUUUGGAUGGAUUCUUGCUAAAACUUUGCAUAACCUGCAAAGAACAAGAUUUAGGGUGAUAUUGGAAGGUGAAGAUUUCACCUGGA